UUAAGAAGAACGCACCACCAGCUCCCGGUAAAUGGGAAACGCUUGACACAGACGGAACCGCAUUGCAUCAUGGACAUAUGGUACCCAACUCGAGCCCUGCGGGAAAGAGACUAGCCCAUUGCAGCUUUAUUUAUAGAAUACUAAUUUAUGCCAAAAAUAACAGUCACAGUCAAACACAUUCGACCGGAUAGCUCUGUUGUCGCUCAUAGGCUUCAGAUGCAGCUGCUGUCUAAAGGCAUGCGCAUCGACGCGGAUAAACGCAGAAGUUUGGGGUGCUGCGUGUGCAGCGUGGGUGCACACAGCUAUUCGCGCCAACCAGUCAAAGCACCAGCAACAGGCCACCGGUUAUCACGUUUACCCGCGGAGAAGAGUGAAUGAGAUAGGAGAGUGCCUCUGCUUAUGGAUUAAAUGAAAACUGAUCAAGGGGGAAAACUCAAGCUUUGAAGUUGGAGUUUAUGCGCAGAACGCGCGAAAAUAGUCUUCACUUUGAUUCACUCUGUUACACGAAAGAUGGAGGGGCGCAGCUGACAGUUAGGGACCGUAGCCUCGAAGAGGAGAAGCACACCGGAGGAACCGAACUGCCAGAGAAGGGAAAUAUGUAUGGGCGUUACACACAGGAGCUCGGUGUGUAUGCCAAGGAGGAGGCGGCCCGCCUGCGUGAUGGCGGGGGACUGCGGAGGUCCACCAGUGUUCGCAGCCGGUCGGCAGAGCUGCUAGAGUAUGAGAAAGACCCCUGCGCCAAGUGUCAUGUUUGUACAUCUCGCUGUCAGAAGUUCCUGAUCUCUCGUGUGGGCGAGGACUGGAUCUUUCUCAUCCUCCUGGGUCUGGUCAUGGCCCUGGUCAGCUGGGUGAUGGACUACGCUAUAGCCUUCUGUCAACAAGCUCAGAAGUGGAUGUACGGGGGACUGAACAGUAACAUGCUCCUGCAGUACCUGGCCUGGGUCACCUACCCAGUCGUGCUCAUCACUUUCUCAGCAGGGUUCACACAGAUACUGGCCCCGCAGGCUGUGGGUUCGGGUAUCCCAGAGAUGAAGACCAUUCUUAGAGGUGUGGUACUUAAGGAGUAUCUCACCUUUAAAACCUUUGUGGCCAAGGUUAUCGGGCUGACCUGUGCUCUGGGCAGUGGCAUGCCCCUGGGAAAGGAGGGCCCGUUCGUUCAUGUGGCCAGUCUGUGUGCAGCUCUCCUGAGUAAAUUCAUGGCUGCGUUGUUUGGUGGGAUUUACAUGGAAGAGCCCUUUGAGGGAAACAAGAAUGAGUUGAGGAACACAGAGAUGCUAUCAGCAGCGUGUGCAGUAGGGGUGGGAUGCUGCUUUGCUGCCCCUAUUGGAGGUGUGCUCUUCAGCAUUGAGGUAACGUCAACGUUCUUUGCGGUGAGGAACUACUGGAGGGGCUUUUUUGCUGCCACCUUCAGCGCCUUCAUCUUCAGAGUACUGGCUGUGUGGAACCAGGACGAAGAGACCAUCACGGCUCUUUUUAAGACACGUUUCCGUCUGGACUUCCCCUUUGACCUCCAGGAGUUGCCAGCCUUCGCCAUCCUGGGGAUUGCGUGUGGUUUUGGUGGGGCCCUAUUUGUCUACCUGAACAGACUGAUAGUAGAGUGUGUGAGGAAACAGAAGACCAUCAACAAGUUCCUGCUUAGGAAACGUCUGGUGUUUCCUGCCAUGGUCACCUUGAUCAUCUCAACCCUUAUUCCCCCUGGGUUUGGACAGUUCAUGGCUGGACAGCUGACGCAGCAUGAGUCACUGGUGGCGUUGUUGGACAACCGCACGUGGUCUCGCCAGGGUGUUGCCGAGGAGUUUGACUACAUCAGCCACUCCCACGCCUGGAAACACCCCCAGGUCAAUGUCUUCAUCACUCUCAUCUUCUUCAUUGUGAUGAAGUUCUGGAUGUCUGCAGUAGCUACCACCAUGCCUGUACCAUGUGGGGCCUUCAUGCCAGUUUUCCUCAUUGGUGCAGCAUUUGGGCGUCUGGUAGGCGAGACCAUGGCAGUCAUGUUCCCUGAUGGCAUCCAUGCAGAUGGCAGUGUCUAUCCCAUAGUGCCUGGUGGCUAUGCUGUUGUGGGUGCGGCAGCGUUGUCGGGGGCUGUGACUCACACAGUGUCGACGGCAGUCAUCGUGUUUGAGCUGACGGGUCAGAUCAGCCACAUCCUGCCGGUGAUGAUAGCUGUGAUCCUGGCCAACGCCGUAGCCCAGUCCCUCCAGCCCUCGCUGUAUGACUCUAUCAUCAGGAUCAAGAAACUACCCUACCUCCCUGAGCUUGGUAUGGGGCACCAUGAGAAGUAUAACGUCCGUGUGGAGGACAUCAUGGUUAGAGACGUGCGUUACAUCACUCUCUCCUCCUCCUAUCGAGAUGUACAGGAGGUCCUGCUGAUUGGACAGCUCAAAACACUGGCCCUGGUCGAGUCCACGGAUUCUAUGAUCCUGUUGGGUUCUAUAGAGCGCUCUCAGCUCCAGUCACUCCUGUCCCUCCAGCUGGGUCCAUCGCGCAGGCUAGACCACCUCCGGAGGCACGCCAAGGACAAUGACACACAUACACUGGACACACACACACACCUGUCCAACCUGGGCACCAUGGACAAUCCCCUAAGACCACCCUGCACACACACACAUUCCAACAGCACCAGUAACAGCGCACGCCAUGGGGUCCGCUUCGUGGUGAGUGUAGCGGAGAUCUCAACAGAGGAGUCCUCCUUCAGCCAAGCUGUGUCCAUCUCUCAGCUGCCACUCAAGUCGGCUAUGAAAACUGUCCCUACUACUCACAACACAGAGGCAACCAACAGUAUGCACACUCUCUCAAUUAAUAGAGACACGCUGACUCCGUCUCCUCUCUCAGGCUCUCAGCAGACCCUCUCCUGUGGUGACCCUGAAAGAGAGCUACUCGAGAGCCUGGCAGAGCUGGAGGCUCCUGAAAGCAGGGGGCCCAAACGCGUCAAGAUCUCCAUGGCGGCGGAGUCUCCUGAAGUCGAGGAUGACAUGACCACAAACGAAAUAGCGGAGUGGGAGGAGCAACAGUUGGACGAGCCAGUGGAUUUCAACAACUGCAAGAUUGACCCAGCCCCUUUUCAGCUGGUGGAGCGGACGUCUCUGCAUAAGACUCACACCAUAUUCUCUUUGCUGGGGCUGGACCAUGCCUAUGUGACCAGUACUGGACGACUGGUGGGAGUCGUCUCCCUUAGGGAGCUUCGUAAGGCCAUAGAAGGCUCAGUGACCGUGACAGGAGUGAAAGUUCGCCCCCCACUGGCCAGUUUCCGUGACAGCGGCAAUAACACCACCAACGUUUCGGAGGUGACAGAGCUACACAAGCUUUGGAACCGCCACAGAGGCCUCUCGUUACCACGGGACCCCACCCCGCCUGACAUGGAGGACCAAUUGAACGAUAUGUAUGAGGAGAGUCCUGUCCACUUCACACAGGACCAAUCAGAUUUGGAGUUUGAAACCAGCCCCGCUGACAAUACCGACCUGCCAUCGGAAUUGGUUCUUCAGGAAAGCCUCUCACUAACGGAGGACCAAACAGAAGAGUUUAUCUUAGAGUGCAGCCCUUCCCACACUGACGAAUCAGAGCUAGCCUGUGAUUUUGACCACCCCCACCUCCCUGAGACUUAUCAAUCGGAGCCGGCGAAGGAACUUGGAACCCCGCCCGAGAACAUACAGCAAAUGGACCAAUCAGAACUGCAGUGUGAGUGAAGUACCACUGAGGACCAAUCGGAAUGACAGAAGGGGUGACGGACGAUUCAAUGGUUUGUUGAGGAUUCUACAACCUUACAGGUCAUUUUCACCUCAAUCUCCAAGCUGGAUGUCUGUGUCCACGAUGUAUUGGUGUGUGUUUGGGUGGACGUGUUUAGAGACCAGAAGUCCUCACAACAAUAGUAAACGAACGAAAAUAUGACCAACUGGGGACAUUUUGUUAGUCCCCACAAGGUCAAGUGCUAUUUCUACAGGGUUUAGGAUUGUUAGAAUUGCCCAUGCAGCCAUCUGGUAUUGACACUACUUUACCCCAAAUGAGUGAGAGAGAGGGUGAGAAGGAACAACAUGACCAGACAAAGGGAUAGAGAGAGGGUGAGAAGGAACAACAUGACCAGACAAAGGGAUAGAGAGAGGGAAGAGAAAGGAGUGUCCCACUUUGGAUUAAAUGGCCUAUAAAAUCUAAGUGCUGUAUUUACAUGGUAGCUACAUUCAUAUCUGAGGAAAGGACUUUAAAGUGGGAUGGAAAAGGGAUAUUUAAGACAAAAUGUUAAGUAACCACCUUAAGGCAGCUGAGAAAAGACUAAUACAUUGGCAUCGCUCAGUCAUAAAAUGCACAGGUUUAAGAACAUUUGUAAAGAUCAUUGUAAUUAACAUGCAUUUAACUCAAAGUACAUGUAGCCUUGUCUGGCGUUAAGGUCGUAGGACAGAAGUUAGAGAGUUUCUUGUAACAGUGUUUUGGUCACAGUACAUUUUGUAUCAUUACGUUCCUAGCGAUAGGUAAUGAUUUUUCACACAUCAUUGUUCCUACUGUACAAUAUGUCUCUGGAAUGAUUUUAGUGUUAAUGACAGGAAAGUUUGGUUAUGUGGAGAGACAACAGUGAAACUCAGAAUACAUCGAAGUUAAGCACACACACACUCUCACGUAGUAAUACAUAUUUGUUCACCAACAUACAAAAUAAUAUUCCUAAGACAUAGCGCGCACACACACUGAAAAUGAUUUAUACAGUCUGCCUGGCAUCACAACCAUUUUAGAAAUAUGUACUACCAACUUAGAAGCACAGUCAUAACUCUCCACGUCUGCAGAUAAGCAAUAAAAGCCUUGGUUGAAAGAUUAAACUGUGUGUGACUGUUCUCCACUGUCAUUCAAGACGCAUGUUAAAUCAUUAAAUCACUUGACAAUAGAAUUAAAAUGUAUUAUGGCUCAAAACUAUGUAAAACUAUGCUAUCACAACUGGUACAUUUUCAUCUUAAAGAAUAAUCAGCUGUGCAAUAAUUUGUCUUCAGAUAGAAUGUGAAGUAGUGCUCGCCAUGUAAAAUAUGUAAAAAUAGUUUAAUGUAGAGUAAUAAGCUAAUUAACAGAACAUCUAGUUAAGCAAUAAGUCCGACGUUUCUCUCUUUAUAUUGCCCCGGCCUGUAUAUGCGUUGUACAUAUGAAAAUAGAUUGACGGAAAUCUACGCACACUCUUGUGCAUAGGAGAAUAUGCAUUUGAGAUUAACAGCCAUUGUUAUUUUUCAGAGAACAUGACAAUUUGUUUUUUGUACAUCAGUGAUGGAUUAAAUUAACAAAACUUUGAGAUGUAACUCUGUUCUGUGUGUUGGGCAAAUGAUCAAAGAGUGAAAAUCUUUUAUUUAAUUUUUUAAUCAUGUUUAUUUAUCCAGGACAAACCCCAUGACAUGACUUCACAGCAUGGUCUAACAAUCCAUAGAGAACCAAUGAAAUAAAACUUCACAGAAGUAUUCAAAACCUUUCUCAGUAAUCCAGUUUCAACACUCAAAUACAUAGUAACAUUGGCAAAGAUUGUGAGAAAGUGAGACAAAGGGAAGGAAGGAUAAUAAGUAAAGGCCAGACAUCACUAAAUUACAUAGUGUCUUCAAGCUCUGUCAAGUUGGUUGUUGAUCAUUCCUAGGGCAGCCAUUUUUAAGUCUUGCCAUGGAUUUUCUCAGGAACAUUCAAUUCCAGUAUAUAUUUGGCAUUAUGUUUUAAGUUAUUGUCCUGCUGAAAGGUGAAUUUGUGUCUGUUGGAAAUCAGACAACCAGGUUUUCCUCUAGGAUUUUGCCUGUGCUUAGCUCUAUUCUGUUUUUUUUUAUCCUAAAAAAAACCUCCCUAGUCCUUGCUGAUGACAAGCAUACCCUUAACAUGACACAGCCACAACCAUGCUUGAAAAUACUCAGUAAUGUGCAUUUGUAUUCAGGACAUAAAGUACAUUUUUUGGCAGUUUUACUUUACUGCCGUAUUACAAACAAGAUGUUUCGGAAUAUUUGAGGAUGGAUCAACUAUAUUUGUAACUACAAUAUUGUUGAUCCAUCCUCAGUUUUCUCCUUUCACAACCAUUAAACUUAUGGUAGAAUCCCUGAGCACUUUCCUUCCUCUCCGGCAACGGAGUUAAGGACACGUAUCUUUGUAGUGACUGGGUGUAUUGAUACACCAUCCAAAGAGUAAUUAAAAACUUCACCAUGCUCAAAGGGAUAUUCAAUGUCUGCUUUUUUAUUUUUACCCAUCUACCAAUAGCGGCCUUUCUUUGUGAAGCAUUGGAACACCUCUUUUGUCUUUGUGGUUGAAUCUGCUUUUGAAAUUCACUGCUCGACUGAGGGACCUUACAAUUCAUUUUAUGCGUGGGGUACAGAGAUGAGGUGGUCAUUCAAAGCAUGUUAAACACUUAUUGCACAUAGAGUCCAUGCAAUUUGUGACUUUAGUAGAUUUUUACUCCAGAUUUGUACUCCUUGACUCAAGACAUUUCAGCUUCUCAUUUUUUAUUAAUUAAAAAAAUAUAUAUAUACAAAUAUAAUUCCACUUUGACAUUAUGGGGUAAUGUGUGUAGGCCAGUGACACACAAUCUCUAUUUAAUCCAUUUUAAAUUCAGGCUGUAACAACACAAUCUAGAAUAAGUCAAGGGGUGUGAAUAACUUCUGAAGGAAGUGUUUCUAAGAGUUGACAGACUAUCCAAGGUGUACACCUACAAGAUGAAACAUCACAUUUAAAUGCUUUCCACCGUAGCUUCUGAAUGGAACGAAGCCACGCCUGACGAGCCUCUGUCGGAGAGCCACUCUCUACCCUGAAACACACUCCUAUCCUCUUCUUCCUCUCUAAGAAACUCAGAGUGAGAGGUUGAAUAGCAGGAGUCAAACCUAGCUAGCCCGGUCACCCACUGGAGUAGGCGGGUUGUUCUGAGAUGUAGGCCUAUCACAGUGCAGGCUAAUCCUCACCAUCCACUAGGGAAUGGGCUAGCCCGGUCACCCCCUGGAGUAGGCGGGUUGUUCUGAGAUGUGGGCCUAUCACAGUGCAGGCUGUUUCUGCUAGAACUUCAAAGCUGUCUGUCUUGGCCUGGAAUGGCACUCGGGGCUCGUGGUUGGACGUUGAAGUCUGAGGGAGAAUCAA